AAUUAUAUAUAUAUGUAAUAAUUAGAUACAAUUAUUAUAUAUGUAUAUAUGUGUAUAUAUAUGUAAAUAUGUAUCUAUGCGGUGUAUCUUUUCUGUGACAAAUCGAAGAGUUUUCAUUGGUAUUAAACCAUUUGACUCGUAUUUAAUCAGUUUAAUUUUAACUUAUCAACCCUUUACACUUACAGGUGUUCUCAGAUCGCGAAGUAUAAACACGUUUGAAUUGAGUUUAUUUUCUAAUUAAAGAAUUUGUGUAAUUUACAUUUUAUUAUUUCGCGCACCUAUACCAGCACUUGGGCUCUUAUUAACCGUAAUGUUAUUUCCUUUAGAAUGUUUCACGCGUGAUACAUUUUUUUUUUUUUUUUUUUUUUUUUUGACGCUGGCAUUUUUUUUUUUUUUUGUUUGUUCCCGAUUAGGUUCACAGUAGCACGUGCCGAUGAUUGUUAAAUUUCGACAAUUAAUUUGCAAAACAAGAUCACACAGUCACUUCCCGUGUGUGACUCAAGUCAAGUGCAAAGAGUCAAUAUAAUAAGCCACGUUUGGACCAGACGCAAUAUUGUCGAUAACAAUGUGUUGGCACAACGCGUUGUCUUUUUCGUGUUCAAGCGACUGUAACGAAAUUGUUUCCAACUUUUGUUGCCAGCAAUGUCGCGCCAGUCUAUAAUCAAGAUAUAUAAGUAUGUUAAUAUAACGCUUAAGUAUUAUAAUUUUGUACGCAUAGACUUAAGAUCUUCCUUAUUUAGUAGUUCUUUUGUAGUUUUCUUAUAAGUAUUUUUUUCGACUCUUUUAAGAACGUUUUUUUUUUUUUUAUGUCGUUUAGUUACGUUGAUUAGAUUACUUCAUUUAGAUUACUUCGUACGAUAUGAUAUUGUGCGAGACAAUCCGCAUCGAUAAAGAAAAACUCUCCGUCUCCAUCAAUUGUACAUCUUCUCUUAUUUUUUUUUUUUUUUUUUGUUCUUUCUUUAUUUUCGGAAUAUUAUCUCUCUCUCGCGCGAAGCAACACACACACUGAAAAACUGAAACUCGCAAACUUAAUCUCUCGCGUGCACUAUACUGUCGGGUAAAACUUGAUUAAAUCUGUAGAACUCAAAAAAACGAGAGAGAGAGAUUCGCGUCUAUUCACUAAGUGUAUUAGUGCAAAGCUAACACCGGCGUUAACUCUUUUUUUUCUCACACACGCAUAUUAAUAAACGAGAAAGAAGCAAAUCGAAGGAAGAUAAAACGUAAUCCUAAGAAGAAGAAAAAUAACACUGUAAUCCUAAAAUAAGACGCGCAGGCAAUGUCCAAAGAAAGAGUUCUUUUAGCAUUCUCCGCGUUGUUUUCUGAAUUCUCUUUUCUCGAUUGAUUUUUCGAUUUCACGCGUUUUUUCUUCGUGAGAUCCGAGUUUCGUUUACUCGACGUCGUUUCGUAAAUCGACGUUUUACUUGCGAACAAUCAAAGAUUAAUUUUUGGUUCGCUACAAAGGGAGAUCUUGAUCGUCACGAAUAACGACGAGAAUGCGCUAUUUUCUAUUUCGGUUAGUUUCUGUUUCUUGCUCAGCGAGGUUGAACCAAAGCUUCGGGAGAACGGCUGAUAUUUCGAUCGGUACGAUCUCUUUGAUUACGCGCUGCAUAAAGCUGAAUACGCGUAACGACGCUGUCGCGUCCUACAUAACCGAGCCGUUAGAAAUUCUCUUUCAUAUAUUCGCACCAGGGACAUUUUUCAUCGUCAAUGGGAACAGACCGUGAUUAUCAUUGUGUAAGAAUUUUUCACGAGUUAGUUAAGGGUUAACAUAUCAACGUGUAACGCUGUGACACUUAAGUGUUAAGCUUAAUUUGGAGGCUUUAAUACAACACCGUUUUUCGAUUUCUCUUCUCGAAUCGCGUACGAUCCGAGCGGUUCGACGAGCGAAACGCUAUCUGCUUCAACGCUUCAACGUUUCACGCGAAUAGGAAAGUUCAGCAACGAAUCGACGUCGGCUUUGAACAGUCGUGGCGGUGUUGCUGUCGCAGAGAAACAAUUUCGUCAUCUUUCCCGCCCUCAUCGACUGACUCAUCGUCGAAUCAUCUCGCUCGACCGAAAAAAAAAAACCGAGUCGACAAGAAAAGUCGCGCGGUGAAAAUCUAAGUAGCUUCGCGAGAAUAUAACGAGAAUGCGGGGCUUAUAGCUUGAUGUUCGCCAUGUAUCGCGGGUACCUACGCGCGUCGGUUUCGAUAGCCAAAAUCCCGCCUCGCGGGAAACUCGAUGGUGUGUAUUCUUGGACAAGAACAUUCAGCGAACUACGUCACUUGACAUUGUGAGAAAGCAACACGCCUCCGCAUCGCGACGUCGACCGACGGACUAUUUAGGAUGGAUCCGCGAUUCGCGCCUCCUCAGAAGUCGACUCGACGACUCUGAAAUCGCGUCCGGUUGAAGCUUUUCGUCGGAAAAUAAUCGAUCAAGAUCUUUUCUCUCUUUUUUCUCACGUUCCACGAAAGGUACGGUAGCAGUGUUCUUUGAGUUUGCGUUUCUCUCGUGUGAAUGCAAUGUGUGCAAUUCUCUUCUCUGUGAGAUUCAGAGAGUGUGUAUGUGUACAUACUGUUGGAAUUCUUUCAUUAUCCCGCCGCGUCCUCACUAGCCCAUUAAUUAUCAAAACGUACAUCUAUCGAUAUUAUAAACUUACACUAACACGUAAGUAAGUGGUAUUCAUACGUUUAUAAUCCGAUCAUUUAAGUUCAUUUCAUUCAAGUCGGUGAUAUUACGUUUCUGAUAUUAUGUUAAAGGAUUAACACCUAAGUAAGUCGCGAAGAUAUAUAUCUUUGUCAACUUAACUACUAAUUAGCAGCACAUUACUUACUCCAAUAUUGUUUGUGCGAGAUAAUCUUAGCCUAAAUAUAUCUGCGUCUUUUUGUACGUCCUUCACCAUCCGGAUGUCUCGUUCACGGACGUUCCGCCUAACGUGUCGGUUAUUCUAAUAAGAGCGAUUUUUUUAUCUUUUUCAUUAUGGUACUUUUUCUUUCCCGGUAAUCGGUGUCUGAUAGUCGUGAAUCGUCCUAGUAGUAGUAAUAGUAGUAGUAGUAGAAGUACCGAAUAGUCUUAAACCUAGUAAUAUCGAAGUCGCCUAUCUGAAUGUAUCACCUAUCUGAUGAACAUCUAGCUGAAUCAUCGUUGUUCCGCCACUUGGUUGGUCGAUACUUUAAAAUUUUCCUGGUAUAAUCCGUUAACUUAACACGUUAUUGACGGAUAAAUGCAAACGAUUUUGGUUGGUUGUCAAGAUUCCGGUACAUUGCGGUGCAUCGCGAAGCGGAACGUAACGGGCGCUAGCGCCGAAAGUAAUUGGUCUCGUCAAUGAAGUGUUAAGAUUGGACCCUCGCUUAAUUCUCAACGUGUUUCCUACGCGAACGGAUCCUAGCUUCACGAUCGCUCUCUAUCUUACGCGUUUUACGACUAGUGUCAGUGCACUUUUUUUUUUUAGAUCUUAAUUUUUAGUUUGCUCCUUUUUGUAUUAUUAUCCGUUACACGAAAACAAAACCAAAAAAACAUCGCGAUUCUUCCAACAAUUUUUUUUUUUUAGGAUUAUUGUUCGACGCUUAAUCGUGAAAUAUAUAACUAGUUUAGUCUAAAGUAUCACUAGUUAUUUAGCCUAAUGGGCGUCACUUUUACUCAAAGUCGCAAGUCUAUCUAUGCAUUUGUUGCUUUUGACGUCCAUUAUUCGUCUUGCUGAUACGUAUAUUAAAUUAUUAUACAGUGCAAAUUGUGUGGAUUAUCUCUCUGGCACGCAUGUAUUAAUCGUAUCGCGAGGGAAGACGUGUGUUUUAAUUUUGUUUAUAAUAUUUCCGUGACAUCCUGUACUCAAAGUUGAGAAUUUUCUGUGUAUUUUUAUACUGACACACCGAUGUGCGUGUUAAAACAUUGCAAAACGCAUUAGAAUUCGUAUAAAUUUUUUUACGUAGCUCAAAAGAAAAAAUUUAAGCAAAGAAAGAAAAGCACACGUGUAAACACUCAAGUUUAUAGAGUAUCAGUUCAAGUGAUUGUUAUGCGUUAAGUGAUUGUUUACUUUCUUACUGGCUGUUAAUUAGUGGUAAUUAUUAACUUUAAUUACUAACGGUAAUUUACUGUUAACUGUAAUUAAUUAUUAACUUUAAUUACUAACGGUAAUUUACUGUUAGCCUAAAAUUACUUAACUAUAUUCGGCUUUUCAAACUGAGUAAGCCUAUCGUAAUUAGGCCUGAGUAAUAAACGUAUGUAUAGGGGACUUACACGUAUGAUUUUAAGGGACUUAGCAGCUAAUAGCUCGCGUCUUAUCAUUGUAUGCGACUUAUGUGUGAGAUUUACUUAUUGGAAUGCAAUUUUGAAUUUGAAUAGUUUCUUUUCUGUAAUCGAGAUGCGCUUCGACAGCAAUAAGAUUGUGUCGAGAGAUCGAUUGUGAUUUUCUUCUACUACAUAAUCCACAGAAAUAUUUUUUUUUUUCUAAUAAAAAUGUUCCAAUGUGAUUUUAAUCAAAUGCGGGGUAAAGUUUAAAGAGCACAAAUUGUCAAUAGAGAUAAGCAAACGUUUGUGAAAGCCAUAAGCUAGAAUUUUGACAGAUCAUCAACUAAAAUCGUUGAUUUCCCAAACGAUAACUUUUCAAUCAAUCAGCCGGUUAAUCUGGUUCGGGCUCAUUUAUUUAAUUGCUUUUAUAAUAUUUUUUGUGUUAAGAAAAAUCAAGAGAGCAAUGAUCGUCUAGUUUUUUGUCAAUCAAGUUAAUUGGAAUACAUUGAUUUAUACAUCAACCGUGUUUAGUUCCUAUCGGAGCAACCUAUGUCCGGUUUUUUUUUUUUUUUUGUUUAACCCUAUCCGAUUAAGUUAGAUAUUAAUGAUUAAUGGAGACUUAGCGAGAUUUACCGAGUUAUUCUAAUUAUAGGAUUUUUGGAAUUACCGCCUCGAUCAUUCACACGCGUGAGAAUCACGCCCGGGACGUCUUUACUUUAUCUUUUCACGUUAUCAUUAUCAUGUUCCUCGUUCUAUAUGACUAAAGGACUUAACUACCCUUAAAAACUCUACGACUUAAUGACCAUCAUUAUUGCCCUGCAUUACUAGCGGUUGUUGAUUCUUAUCGCAGAUGUCGGUCGUGCCGCUCGUCUUCCGCGAUUGGUGGGACGAUAUCGAACGCCCGGUCUCCCGGCUCUUGGACCAGCACUUCGGCACCGGUCUCCACCGAGAUGAUCUGAUCUCGAAUCUUACCGGACUCGGCCUCAAUCGACCCCUACGAUCGGUCUUCGGAAACACGUACUACCGACCGUGGCGGAACGUGACGCGUCAAAACUCAAGUGGAUCCAGCACGAUCCAGCUGGACAAGGAUAAUUUCCAGGUGAUACUUGACGUGCAACAAUUCUCACCGGACGAGAUCACGGUGAAGACGGUCGACAACCACGUUAUUGUCGAAGCCAAGCACGAGGAGAGGCAAGACGAGCACGGCUACAUCAGCAGGCACUUCGUACGCAGAUACGUCCUGCCGUCGUCACACAACCUCGACAACGUCACCUCAACCCUCUCCUCGGAUGGUGUGCUAACUAUCACGGCGCCCAAAAAGAACGUGACGCCGACUGGCACGGAGAGAGUCAUCAGCGUUGUUCAAACGGGAGUGCCAGCUGCCAAGCCGGUUCCCGUCGAAACAACCACCACCACUACUACCAUCGUCGACUAACAAGAAACUCUCAUUCCGCGACUCGUUCACUCGGUUUUUCUCGAUUUUUAUCAUCGAUAUAGCGAGAGCAACUUUGUGAAAUGACGUAAUCGUGCUGCUUUCAUUUCUCUCAAAUGAUUAUAUCGCAAAAUGUUACUUUCUAGCGUAUUUGUAUAAAAUUAUAAUCCGAUAUUUUCACACAUACACACUCAUACUUAAAUGUAGAGAAUAUAUUGUACAAGUUAUUGCAAUUUCUAACUUAAUUAUAUACUUGUGUAUCAAUAAACAUUAACUUUAUCUCCA